AUGAAGCCACCACCAAGUGAGCAAGCUUCUGGUUCUGCAUCUGCCUCAUCCGCCUCCAAGCGCCGCCUCUUCCUGGAACCACCUCCGCCGGUGAACAGCAGCACCCUCGCGCCUUUUCCAACAGGCAGAGGUUUUGUUGCUGCUGGAACAAGUACUACAAGUGCAAUCAGCGUUGACGGCGAUGAGCCUGUGCAAGAGGGAGAUGUACCUUGUGGAAAGAGGCAUAAGAGGUGCACAUCCAAUGUAUGGCAGUACUUUACCAAGAAGAGAGUGGUCGUUGAGGAUAAUGGCAAGACAUAUGUUCAGAUGUGGGCUUAUUGCGAUUGGCCCAAAUGCAAUCACAAGGGCAGAUGUGAGAGCAACUACGGAACAACUGGAUUUUGGACCCAUCUGAGGGUGGCACAUAGUAUAGUGAAGGGCCAGCAGCAGCUCAAAGUGGAAAAAGAUGGGGGGAAAGACAUUACUGCUGUGGUACCAUACAGGUAUGAUGAAGAGGCUAGCUUGAGAAAGUUUUACUUGGCAAUAGUCAUGCAUGAGUACCCAUUUAAUAUAUCUGAGCAUGAGUAUUUUGUUGAUUUCAUCAAAUCCCUGCGUCCUACCUUUCCAAUCAGAUCUCGUGUUACCAUUAGAAAAGAAAUUAUGAACAUGUUCUUAGCUGAAAAGGAGAGGUUGUAUAGCAUGUUCAAAUCUGUCUCUUGUCGGUUUAGUGCCACCAUGGACAUGUGGACUUCAAAUCAGAACAAGUCAUACAUGUGUGUAACUGUACAUUGGAUAGAUGACAAUUGGCAUAUCCAGAAAAGGAUUGUGAACUUUGUGCAUGUACAGGGCUGUCAUACUGGUACAAAGCUCUCUGAGACAUUUACUGAACUUAUGGUUAAGUGGUAUAUUGACAAGAGAAUGUUUGCUCUGACCUUGGACAAUGCAUCAGCAAAUGAAGUAGCAGUCAAAGACAUCAUCUCUGAUCUAAGGGCCAAUGCUAGUUCAACGGCUUUGAUAUGUGAUGGACUAUUCUUCCAUGUGAGGUGUGCUUGUCACAUACUGAACCUUGUUGCUAGGGAUGGUUUAAGUGUAAUCACACCCACAAUUGAGAAUAUUAGACAACUAGUUCUUGCUGUCAAGGGAUCCCCAUUGCAAUGGGAGGAGCUCAUGAAGCGUGCAACUGAGUGUGGGCUGGAUACAAACAAGGGUCUUUCACUUGAUGUGUCAACCAGAUGGAAUUCCACGUAUUUGAUGCUUCGAGAUGCUUUGUACUACAAGAAUGCAUUCAUGAGGCUUAAAUCAUCAGAUCGCCGUAGAGGGUUUUGUGAGAUAAAGAUUUUACUAGAUGAAUGGUCUGUUUGUCAAGAUAUCACUAUUAGUGCAAUGGCUACUUCUAUGAGUAGGAAGUUUGAAAAAUAUUGGAAGAAAUCAUCCACUACACUUGCUGUUGCCUGCUUUCUAGAUCCUAGAUAUAAGAAAAGGCUUAUCGAGUUCUACAUGAGAAAAUUCCAUGGCAUCUCAUCUCAAGUUCAUGUUGAUGAACUUGUUGAUGUCAUGAAGAAAUUGUACCAGUUCUAUGCUGUUGCUGCUCCUUCAUCUUCAAGGCCUAAAAGUGGAUCAAAUGGUGCUAAGGAUACAGAUGACAUGUUAGUGGACAGUGGAGAUGAUGAACUAGAGAACUUCUUGUAUGAGUCUAGUGGGCAUGGUGCUGAUGAUAUGAAUGAGUUGGACAAGUACAUGGCAGAUCCGCCUCUGAGGCUCAGUGGUCAAUUUGAUAUCUUGGCAUGGUGGAAGAACCAGACCGAUGAGUAUCCUAUUCUUUCAAAAAUAGCUCGUGAUUUGCUAGCUGUACAAGUCUCAACUGUGGCUUCUGAGUCUGCUUUUAGCGCUGGUGGACGUGUUGUUGAUCCUUUCCGUAGCCGCCUUGACCCUGAAAUGGUUGAAGCUUUGAUAUGCAUGAAAGAUUGGGUUGCUGCAGAAAGAAGAGGUUAG